AUGGGCUAUUCAGAGCGCACCUGUGUAUGCGAGAAGGCAGAACGAAGUCUUGCAAGUACUGUUGAGGGCUAUAAGAAGGGAAGGGGCAACAUGAAUCACAUAUUUGAAAAAGUAAAUCCGGAGAUGGCAAAGCUGGGAUAUGAGUGCAAGUGCCUUGGCGGAGGGAAAAUUGAUCAUAAUAGCAAAGACAAGAAAAUCAGGGUGUUUGGGCUCUCUACAGGCUAUGGAAAAGCAGAUCAUUCAGUGACUGUAGAGAUACUGAAAAAAGUGUAUACAGAUUAUGAAAUUACAUGGUCAGAUGACAAGAAAUAAAUUGGCUACUUAUGAACACAACAAGCAAUUCAAAACUGGUAACUCUGUGUGCAGUCACUGUGAUUGUGGCUCUAGCAGUCUUCAUUUGAAAGUCCUAAAAAAUCUGGUUUUGUAUUUGCAUGAAAACAGAGCUGUGUUUGAGCAAUCCAAGAAUAAAAUGAGGAUACUGAGUAAAGGAGUGGCCUAUUAAAUGCAAGACAGUGAGUUUGAUCGUGGAAUAUUUUCAAGAGGAAGCAUUAUGGUAGAAGAUUGUAAGUACCACCCUUUAAAAUCAAAACAUACAUGAGAUUCUUGUUC